AUGGCUGAGAAGCAUAACCAGAUUACGCACAUUAUUGAAGUCAAAUGUUCAUCCGAAAACCAUAGCAAUAUUUUGCACAAAUGCUUAUCAAGUGACGAGUCCUUGAAGCAAAAUGGAAUGUACAAAUAUAUAAAUGUAUCUGGAAGCACAAUAAAAAUAGAAUUACAGAGCAGCACAUGCGAAGAUAUAAGAUACAAGGCAAAAAAUAUUUACGAUUAUUUACAUUUUUUUUUUAAAACCAUUGAAACGUUUGUGUGA